AUGAUGAAAGUUGUGUGGGACACACUGGUGUGGUGCCACGACGGUGAUGCAUCAGUGAAGAAGGUGAAGUUCCAGUCUCUACGUAAGCAGUAUGAAAAUCUCAGCAGGAAGAACAAUGAAAAGGUACCUGACUACAACUCCAGAGAGAUUCUGAUCACAAAUGAGAUGAAGUUGUGUGAAGAAACUCUCUCUGGAGAAAGUAUCAUUGAGAAUGUACUUAGAUCUCUUAAUCCUCAGUUUGAUUAUAUCGUUGUAGCAAUUGAACAUUAUAAGGAUCUAAGCACCAUGAGAGUAGAAGAGCUGCAAAGCAGUCCAGAGGCGCAAGCGUUGCGUCUGACUGAAAGAACCUCUAAGAGAGAGGUAGAGCAGACUCUGAGAGCUUCUUUUGUCAAGAAAGACCAAAAGUUAUCUUUUUCAGAAGCCAAGAAAAUACAUGAUUGUUGGUCAAACAAGGAGAGGAAAUCAGAAAAAGAGAAUAUAACCAGAAGUUCUGAUGAUGAACAUGUGCUAUUAAUGGAUUCUGAUUCUGAUAGUGCGUCUCUAGAAGAUUGGUGGUAUAUGGACACUGGUUCUUCAAACCAUCUUACUGGAAAUAAGAAAUGGCUGGUUGAUUUUGAAUCUAUGAAGAGGACCAAGAUCAGAUGUGUUGAUGAUAAGUAUUUGAAUGCUGAAGGAGUGGGAAAUGUUAUAGUGAUUCUAAAUAAUGGAAAAUUUGCGUUAAUUCAUAAAUUUGCGUUAUAG